CAUCGCUACCGGCCUGCCAUCACCAUCCUCCGUCAGCAUCCUCGUCCAUCUUCAAGGUAGCUCGACUUAGCCUCACGCACCCACCCUAGGCAGCUCUUCCCUGGAGAGUCGCUCUGCUUCUGCCAGUGCGGGUGUGUACAGACUCAGGAGUCAGCAACGCCUCUCAGCAAACGCCGCCUGCCUCUCCUGCGAACGCGCCCACGCUGAGCUCGCUUCCCUUCCGGGGCUACUCUCGCCGAGGAUCCCAUACCCCAAUACAAACAAAGUUGAUAGCCCUACUCCUGUCACCCGGCACUUCGCCUUUGGUACUCCCUGGGCUCUUUGAGCAUGGCGACGGACGACAAGACUGUCCGACAUACGAGAAUACCCUCGACGUACGCCAAUCACUACGAUACACCGGUCGGUGCUACCACCCUAUACGAGCCCCCUCCUGCUCGAACACCGUCCUCAGUAGCAGCACGAGGGCCCCGGGCACCACCCAUUGCUAAUCUCCGCCAACUACCACCGGGCCACGCAAGAUCUGUAUCUAGCCCUGACUCCGCGCCCGGCCAGCCGCUGGCCUACGCUAGCAGUAGGGGAGUAGGAGCAGGCAAUCUCCCAUCGAGCUCAUCAUCUGGCAGCUCGAGAAAGAUGGCACCCUUGCCUCAAGUACCUACAAUGAGUGCUGAAGAGAGGGAUCAAGUACAGUACGGCCUCGACCAGCAAAUAGAUACCCAGAACAGCCUGAUCAUCAAUGGCGGAUUCGAAUCCGAUGUAGUGCCCGGUAUGACAAGCUCUCUGGCCCCGAGAACCAUUCCCAGUAGCUCCACACACACACCCUCGCUGGCCGCAAUGAGUACAACAGCGGUAGCAGCGGCGGCAGCUGCGGGAGGUCUCGUCAGUGUCCCCGAAGACUCCCUGCUACAAGGUGGGCCAUCAGAUGUGAACGAUGCAGCAUACGCCUCGACCAACAGAAGAGUUGUCAGCCAGGGUGAUCAGCCCGCCUCGACAAGUCGGCCCACACCUGCCGGACCAAGACCUCUAGUGGCGCAAGAAGCCGACGUCUUUGGGCCUGGAUCUCCCUCCUCUUUCGCCUCACCUGUGUUCAGUCCUACGUCUCCGCCUAGCAUUCAAGGUCUGCGGAGAGGAUCUGGCUCUUCAAAGCCACUGCCUAUCAUACCCUCCCCAAUCACCACUAUGCGAAACGCCGAGCAGUCUUCUCUUCCCCUGCGGACAGAUCGUGUCGAGUCCCCGCCUGAGCAGCAAGCCGACUCGAUACCUGUCCAGCCAGGCGCAACCGUACCUCCUCAGCACAUUCCCCGACCGGUUCCUGGCUCGGAGCCAGCAGAGAACCCUAGCAACAGAUCAGGGCCGACCACACCUAGUGGCUCCGCCUCUCGGCUCCCGCGUCUGUCAACGUUACAAACCAAUACAGGCAAAUACGAGGGACCUUUGUCGCCGCCAGAUGCAGACCCCGGUCGCACUUUGAUCGAAGACAAUCGUUCGAGCAUCGAUGAUAUUCGAAGGAUGCACGCUCAGAGGGCUGCCCGCGCCUCGAUCGAUGCUGCGACCAAAACACCAGAAGCUCCUUCACAAACUUCGUCGAGAAGGAUCCCACCCGCUUCAGAACCUCCUCGCGCUGCCAGCGUAUUGGACUCCAGAGCACGCGAGCAAGAUGUUACUGCUCAACAGAAGCAGGCUAGGCAAGAACGUCCGCGCUCUAGUGGCAACGCUUUGGACACAGCUUCUCAGAGAUCUUCUGUUCCCGACACUGCUAGCUUGGCUGACAUCGACAGGCAACGCGACAAGGACAGAGAGCGUGAGAGAAGAUCCCGCAGGACACUAGGAGAUUAUGCUCUAGGAAAGACGCUGGGUGCUGGUAGCAUGGGCAAAGUGAAGCUCGGUGUCAAGAUGGGCACGGGGGAGAAGGUAGCGAUCAAGAUCAUCCCUCGGCAUACCUCCGUGGCAGCAGCGCAACAUCCCAAGCCUGGCAGCGAUGGAAAGGUAGCAGCUCCGACUGAGUCUUUCUUGGCCAAAGCGGCGGCUAAAGACCACUCAAAGGAGGUGAGAACAAUCCGAGAGGGGAGCUUGCAGAUUCUGCUUCAUCAUCCUUAUGUCUGCGGUAUGAGGGAGAUGAUGAUCCAUCAGAACCACUAUUACAUGGUAUUCGAGUACAUCAAUGGCGGCCAGAUGCUCGACUAUAUCAUCUCACAUGGUCGACUCAGGGAGAGGGCGGCGAGAAAAUUUGCUCGGCAGAUUGGAAGUGCUUUGGAGUACUGCCACAGAAAUAGCAUCGUCCACAGAGAUCUCAAGAUUGAGAACAUUCUCAUCUCGAAAACUGGCAACAUCAAGAUCAUUGACUUCGGCCUGUCCAACCUCUUCUCUCCGCAUGCGCAUUUGUCGACCUUCUGCGGCUCUCUGUACUUCGCUGCCCCAGAGCUCUUGAUGGCUAAGGUGUACACCGGACCGGAGGUGGAUGUAUGGAGCUUUGGUAUCGUCUUGUAUGUGCUGGUCUGCGGCAAGGUGCCCUUUGACGAUCAGAGCAUGCCCGCCUUGCAUGCCAAGAUCAAGAGGGGUCAUGUCGAAUAUCCAGCCUGGUUGAGUGGAGAGUGUAAGCAUAUCCUGUCACGCAUGCUGGUCACGGACCCGAACAAGAGAGCCACUCUGCCGGAGAUACUCUCCCACUCCUGGAUGACCAAAGGCUUCGAAGGCGAAGCACCUGAUGCUUAUCUUCCAGAGCGGCAGCCAUUGCGACCGAGUCAGCUUGACCCUGAAGUCAUCAAAGGCAUGACAGGAUUCGAAUUCGGCUCGCCGGACGAGAUCGAGCAAAGGUUGACCGAGGUCUUGACAAGUGACGCUUAUACGACCGUCUUGUCGACGUGGGACGCAAAGCACUCUCCUAGCGUGAGUCAGAAUGGUCUGGCAGUGGAGAACAAUCCACUUGGGCGUGCUUCCACGAGGGCCAGUCAAGAUUCAAAGACCCGCACAGGGUCUAAGAGGUUCUCUGGCAUCGACUUCUACCGCAAGAAGAUUGCUGUGUUUGGAAGCAACAAAGACGACGCAGGCAGCAGCGGCACUCUCACGACGUCAGGUCUGAAUGGUUCGACAGUCUCGACCUGGCCUGGUAGCGGCAAAGAGCCUCUUGAUCCUACACGGGGUUUCCAUCCUCUCAUCUCCAUUUACUACCUUGUCUCAGAAAAAAUGGAGCGAGAGCGUCUGUACGGGCACUCCUUCUUUGCAUCUUCCAAUGCCUCGCUUCUGGCUGCUCAGGGUCAGCCUCAGCCGACGGCAGCGAGUGGGAGGACUCUAACUCCUCUCGUCGGAGCGCCUUCGUCCAUGCCCACAUCAGCGGACAUCCCUCAAGAGGCUCUUCGAGUGCCUGAGGCCUCUCACAUCUCCGCUCGGCGCACAUCCGACUUGUCUCGCCAGGAGCUGCCGGCUCCUCCUCGAUCUGCUGCUACUAGUACAGUGCCCUCUUCACCGACGCCUACGCCGGUCUUCGAUUCGCGGGAAAAGAGUAGGCCUAUGGCAAUGAUGGCAGGUCCGCCCAGAGCAAGGGCCAACGGCGAUGAAGUUGAAGCGGCCCUCAGAGAGAAAGGUAUUAUGCCUGCAUCUCCCUGGAAGGCACAACCUGGUAACCCUCCCUCGUCCUUCUUACCUGCAAGGUCCGGUGCAGACGAGACUUUGGGCGCUGCGGGUGGUGUUCAGCGCAGCACGAGUCUCUCGAACGGCAAGAGCCGGCCCGUCUCCAGCUUCAUGCAGGAGGACUAUUCUAAUGGCUACACAGAGUCUGGCCCAGCCUCGACCCCUGUGCGACCAGGUGGACGCACAAGUCGCAAGGCCUCGCCAGAGAAUCGGCGCAGCAUUCACGUUAUGGGUGGCGGCAGUAACAUGGCUGCAUUGUCUAACAACGGCGAGCCGUCAGCUCCUUCCACACCAUCGGGCACUUCGUCGUUGGUGCGCCGUUUUGGCUCCUUCCUGGGACGGUCGCCCUCUUCGAGUGGAGAUCUAGACAAACGCAGAGCUUCUCGGGUGGUCUCGCCUGCUCCGGCAGGGCCGCCAAUCGCAGGCAGCAAUUCAAGCAUGCGUGGCUCAGCGCUUCCGGGACAAGUGCAAGAGUCGACCGAGCGUCUGAACGCCUUGGCAUUAGCAGAUGUGGACGAAGCCGCCCCAGCGAAUACUGAUUCAGAGGCUGUUCCUUUGGCUGUGCCUAGUGGCGAAGCAGGCGGCAUGCGAAGAUCAGGUACCGUCCCGGGUCUAAGCACGCCAGCGAAAGAGCAAGCAAACAGUCUCGCCCGUCCCGGUCAGCUGACAAGCGCUGAGGGAUCUACGCCUGGCUUGACCAGUCGUCGGCCCACAAUGCCCGCGUCAUCGCCCUCUACUACUCCUUCGGCAACGCAGCAGCAACAACAGAGCCAACGCUCCCAGCUUCCAGGAUUUGCAGAUGGCGAAGGCUGGCAAGGUCCAGUGCCAAGCGAAGCUCAGGCUAGCCUGCUGUCGUCGAGCUUGAAAGACUCCGCCCCUUGGCAGUAUCAACCAGGGAAUGCGAUGACGGCCAAGCCAGUCUUCCUUAAGGGGCUGUUUUCUGUACAGACCACAAGCACGAAACCGCGUACGGUCAUCAAUGCCGACCUGGUUCGGGUGCUGGAUCGAAUUGGAGUGCAAUACCGAGAAAUCCGCGGUGGGUACGAGUGCGUGCAUCUGCCGAGCAUCGAGUUUGGUGCAGGACAACCGAGCGGUACGCCAGGACAGGGCAACGCCCGCAUAGCUAUCGAGCCACAGCAGUCACCCGCUGCAAGUCGUGGCGAAGAUGCGGACACCGAAAGACCUGGUCCGCCCAAGAGGAAGCAGAGUCGGAUGUCUGUCAUCUCGGCUCUGAGGAAGGACCGUCGAGAGGGAUCUGGCGAUGCAGGGGUCGUUGUCGGCAGUCCUUCGGCAAAGAAUUCGCCCGAAGCGCAAGCUCGCACUUCUCGAAGCAGAGCCAGUUCACUUGUGCUAGACGACGAGGCCACUUCUGGUAUUGGGUCCGGCCAUGCCGAAAGUGGUAGUAAUGCUCCUGGAAACGCGUCGAUUGCAAGUCCAAAGAGUGGAGGAAGUCUCCGUCCGCCGCGGCAGAGGACCGACUCUCUAGGCGUCCCGGCCUUCUUUGCUGCCUCUACCAGCUCGCCGAGCAAGCAGCAGCCCAUUGAAGAAGAGCUCGCAUCGCAAGCCACUGUCCCUGCUUACCCAGCUCCGCCUGCGGCUUCCAAUGGUGUGACUCAACAGCAGCAGCAGCAGCAACAGGAGCUGACUGCGGACAUGAUCGUACGCUUUGAAAUCAUUGUAGUCAAGGUGCCACUCCUGCUUGGAGUCAAUGGUUUACAAUUCAGGAGAGUGGCGGGAAAUCCCUGGCAGUACCAGACUUUGGCCAAGAGGGUGUUGCAAGAGUUGCGGCUCUGAUGACCAAAAUUACGAGUGAUGACAGAGAGAGACGAUUUUUGCAGAGCGUCUGCCAUUUCGGUACUCUAGAAUGCGUCCAAUUGUAUUCCACAAUCAAAAUUCACCAGUCUUUUCCUUCGCUUACCCACCCUUUUGCCGAGUUAUGCGUCUGAUGAAACUAUACAAGACUGACGCAUUGAUCAUUUGAAGUAUGUAUACAUUGCAUUUGGAGGGUCAAGCAUGGCUGCACACCGCUUCUGGGCCUUGCGUAUUCCGUCCGCUCCUUUGAUUUUACUUUUGCAC